AUGAAGAUGCUGCUCGGCUGCUCUCUCUGCCUGCUCCUUCUGUUCAGCUGCCUGAGUGACCUCGCCGAGGGCCGAACUCUGCAUCUGGACAGCUGCACUGUCAAUGUUCACACACACGAACUGCGCAAAUAUUACUCUGCUUUACGAUCAUAUGCAGUAGAAGAAGACAAAGAGAUAGGAGUGAAACUUCUGGACAGAUCAUUGAUGAAAGAUGUUCACGAGGGGCAGACUUGCUGUUUCGUGCGUCUUGUGCUGCGUUUCUAUGUUGAGAGAGUGUUCAGCAACUACGCCUCUUCUCAGCCACAGCAGCAACGUGACUCCAGUGCUCUGGCCAAUGCUUUUGUCAGCAUUAGAAGAGAUAUACAUAAAUGUCAUUGCCAUUGUGGAGAGGAGACACAGAGAACAAUUGACUCCCUGCAUGCUGAGUUUAUCAAGCUCCACAUAAACCAGGCAGCACUGAAGGCUGUGGGCGAACUGGACACUGUGUUCGAGUGGCUGGAAGGACUCGGGCAGCAAACACAAACAUGA